AUGGGGAUCUUCAGAUCUGUUACCAUGUCCCAUGGGACGUUGGUUAUUCCGCAAGAACGAGCACGUGACUGCAUCGACUCAUUGUGUCGACACACAAACGUACAGUUCGUUGAUAUGAACGAACGUCGUAUGGAACGACCCUACAAGAAGUACAUACAACGUAUUCUUAACAUGGAACGUAUGAUCAGAGUUUUAAAUGAAGAAGUUACAGCACUGCCUGGCACCAUAGUAGUCAAGAACAAGAUUGAUGACUUUCUCCAAUAUGACAAAGUAUACCGCCUAGAUCAAGUUGAAGAGUCACUUAUCAAGCUCUAUGAGCAGUUUGAAAAGUUCAAACAAAAUGAUCUCAUGCUCAAGUCUGAACUGGACGAAGUUCUCAACGAAUACAGUGUCAUGGUGGCAGCAUUGAAACAGCUGAACGCAAACAAGCAAACGUCAUACAUCUCCGUGGACACAUCGGCACAGAAGGUAUCAGGUACGGAUGCAUCGGCAGAAUCAAACGCACAAUUGUUGUCAGAAAGCGAUGGCAACGGCGAAGUUGUGGACACAGAAAUGGUGAACAUACAAUCAAGCGGUGAUAACGAGGCAACUAGCUCAACCCUUGCAUUCUCCAACAUUGCAGGAGUUAUAAGAGCUGAAGAUAAAGAUGCUUUUGCUAGGGCAAUUUUCAGGGCUAUGCGUGGUAAUGUAUACACGUUUUUUCAGGACAGCCAAGUGGUCAAAGACACAAUGCUUUCAAGAGGGCUCAUUAGCGAAGAGGAAGCGGUAACUCGCAGCAAGGAUGAGAAGAUUGUAUUCGUAAUUUACUGCCAAUCUUCUAGCAGCAGCUCGACUUUCCAAAAACUUCAAAAACUAUGCAAUGGCUUCCAGGCUAAAAUAUUCGAAUGGUCGAAGUCACACGGUCAUAUCAGCCAGCGAAUGAAGGAGCUCGAGGAAAUCAUACGUGACAAGCAAAAGGCCCUCAGUGCUUUCAAAAAGUAUUUCAGACAAGAAAUAGCAUGUUUGUUGGAAUGCCCACGGCCAGAUGGAAACAGUGUUAUUGAGGAAUGGACACUGUUCUGCAAGAAGGAGAAGUACAUAUACUACAUUUUGAAUCAUUUUGAGGGUAGUGAUAUCACGCUGCGUGCUGACUGCUGGUUCCCGGAGGAUGAGGAAGAAACUAUCAGGUCUUGUCUAUUGGCAGAGAAGUCGGAAGGUCGCGUAAGCGCCCUCUUGCUAGUUGACCAUCAAUUCAAGGAAAAACGAUAUUUCGAGGACCCAGCCAUGAUGCCUCCUACCUAUAACAAGUGCGGGGUGUUUACCCAGACCUUUCAGAAUGUUGUAGAUACCUAUGGAGUACCGCGCUAUAAGGAAAUGAACCCAGCGCCAUUCACCAUCAUCACGUUCCCAUUCCUGUUUGGUAUUAUGUUUGGUGACAUAGGUCAUGGUAUCUGUGUGGUUCUUUUUGCUCUGUUUUUGGUUUGGCGUUACCCCAAACUGAAGGCGCAGUACUCUGAUGAAAUUGCCCUCAUGGUACUCAACGGACGCUACAUGAUCCUUCUUAUGGGCCUCAUGGCAACUUACACUGGAUUCAUUUAUAACGACUUCCUUUCGCUGCCAAACAACCUCUUUGGUUCAUGUUGGGAACGAAACACCAAUCAUGGCUCUAGUGCAUCUUCAGGUGAAGGCUCUCACGUUGAGACGCUGGUGCGUGCAAAAGGCCAAUUCCCAGUGUCAUUUGGUCUCGACGUGGCAUGGAUACAUGCACUGAACGAGCAGCCUAUGUUGCAUUCGUUCAAGAUGAAGUUUUCUAUCGUGGUUGGAUUUUUGCAAAUGCUUAUGGGUGUAUGUCUGAAGGGACUCAACGCAAUCUACUUCCGCCAACACCUGGACUUCCUUUUUGAAUUCAUCCCACAGCUGGUGCUCUUGUGCUCGUUUGUCGGAUACACCACCUUCCUCAUCUUCUACAAGUGGCUGACGCCGAUGACACCAGGCUAUGCGAAACCGUCUAUUAUUCUCACGUUGAUUGAUAUGUGUCUGCUUAAGGACGUAGCACGUGAAGAUAUUAUGUACCCGGGUCAGCCGGCUGUUCAGCGUGCGCUGCUUGUCAUCAUGGUGCUUUGUAUCCCAAUGAUGCUUCUACCCAAGCCGAUUUUCCUUUGCUUGAGACAAAGAAGAAGGCUUGCAGUCGGUGGAUCUGCAUCCAAGAGAGAGCACGAGAUGGUCUAUCGGGGAUACGAUGACGUCGAGUCUCAGAGUUCUCCCAAUACAGAUGUCAUAGACACUGGCGAAAAUAAUAGCGAGACCUCGCCUUUCAAGCGCGUUAGCAUGAAUAGUACGAAUGAAGAUGGUGAAUUUGCAGUAACAAUCCACAACGAUGGAACAAUCACGGAGGAUCACAGUGGUGGUCACAGUGUUGGUGAUAUCUUCAUCCACCAGCUGAUAGAGACCAUAGAAUUUACCCUAGGUGUCAUCAGCAAUACGGCUUCGUAUCUGCGACUGUGGGCGUUGUCGUUGUCGCACCAGCAAUUGUCUGCCGUGUUCUUCAACCAAACGGUCUUCAAGACGCUCUCUGGGGAGGCUGGCGUAGUGAGUACCGUGAUAUCGUUAUUCAUCACUUCUACCUUUUUCGCGCUCAUUACCUUCUCGGUAAUGCUCUGUAUGGACUCCCUCGAGUGUUACCUGCACGCCCUGAGGCUGCAGUGGGUCGAGUUCCAGAACAAGUUUUACAAGGCCGAUGGCAAACCUUUCAAGCCUUUCAACGUGAAGCUUCUACUUGAAAACCCUGAGUAG